AUGAAGAAAGAAGUUCCUGAACCACUCCCAAACUACAAUGCCGAUCAAGUGAGUCCCGUCCCAUAUAUCACUGAAUCAAGGCCGACUGGAUCCGCAAAUAAUAACAGAGAAGUAAGGACCCAAGCGAACAAGAACCCGAUGACGACUCCUGAGAAUGCAUCAGACACAAACAACAUUGGCAGGAACUAUCCAAUAUACAAUGGUGCCGAUGCGGCCACUUCGACAUCAACUACGACAGCAUCUCUUGGACAAUCAUCGUUGGCCAUGCGAGCGUCCACGGUCCAUCGAAGAGCUACAAAACGACGUCUCGGAUCAAGCUAUGAUCGAGUCCUCUCUGCUAUUGUUGAACGACAGCAGCCGCCACUUGCAAUAGCUCAAGCUGAGAUCAACAAAUUGAAAGAGAAUAUGUAUCAAACACACCAAAAUUUGCUCAAGGCAUUUGACCAAAAGGAUUAUGCCGAAGAAGCUUUGCAAAGCCUCAGAGAGAAAUCUCAUACUGAAGAGGUUAUAAGGUGA